GAAGGGCCGUUUCCAAGCAGUGGAAGAGGUUUUCCGCACAAGUCCGAGCGAUCCAGAAUAUCAAGAUCCAAAACGAAAACGCAAGAUCCAAGAUCCAAGAUCCAGGCGCAGAGCAAGCGAGCUCAAGCCAUUUCCAAAUUGGUAGUCAAGUAGCUAAGUCUCCGCAAGCACCAUGCUUUCUCCGGGCGACAUUGUCCGUAUCUACCCCGAAAACGUGGCCCUACUCGUAGACGAUAUAUCCACAGUGGCCUACGGCACGGUGCGCAGUGCGGGACGUCGGUUAAUGAUCGACGUGACCCCCGAUGAGUCCAUUUCCGAGGAGCUGUCGCUGCCGGUCGCAGCAACUAACGAUCAGUUCACGGUGGUCACCGCGGCAGAACGCGACGCGGGCACCCACAGGCUCGUCCGGCGAUUCGUCGUUGCUCGCGUCGAGAACCACUGGUUGCAUGGGCAAGUGCGCCGCGCCGACCACUCGGCACGGACGGUUCAACUAACGUCACGCCGCGGAAGACUUACGGUAAGCCAAGACGCCGUCCAGCUCGUCCUUCCAGUCGUGGCUGCGCUGCUCUGGGACACCGAAUGGCCGGCGGCCGACGACAACGCGCCGCGUGAGGCCACGGGCAUCGCCACGGCGACCCUGCUCAGACGCCACCAGAACAUAUGGCGCCGCAUCCGACCCCGCACGGAUCUCGAGACACCGUCCCGCGACAUUGCGGCAAUCUUGGCGGGUUACGACGUCCCCAACGUCGCGGGUCUGGGUGCGGUCCGUCUUGGCAUCUGUGACCCACGCUCUGGGCUUGUGCUCAACCCAUGUGUCCAACACAUUGUCGACUUCGCCUUUCACGCCGAUGGCGGCUCCACCGAUCCCAACCUCAUGGAGCUUGGUGAGUCGUUUUGCCACGACCCAACGGACACCGACGCACCACCGCCGCUUACAUUUGAAGACACCAACGCAGGAACUGCUGCUACGACGCAGCGUCUGCUCGCCACGAACACGGAGCUCACGUCGGAACCGGAGAGGAUCUUCUUCCCUCCCCCUCGUGCCGGUGCGGGCGCGUCAAUGGUCGACCGUUUUCUCGACAGCAUGGCAGCACGCACAGCUCCUACGACAACGGUGACAGACGAACCCGAGCUGGACAGUCGAAACUUGCCUCAUCCACCACCAGCGGUAGUCCAAGCCGUCACCUACGCGGCCAACCCGGGCCGCGGUGUCAUCGCGCCAUCCGUCACCGAAUUCGCCUCAGAGUUCCAGCGCGAGCAUCGCGCACGCAGCCGCGCCGCUGCUACCCGGACACUCUCAGAGUACAUUGAGAUUGCGGCGGGCCCUCAACACUCGAAAAGCGCGCUCAGGGUCUCGCGGGCCCAAGCUGAGGUCCACUGGUGGAUCACGAACGCGCAGUUUCAAGCGGCGCUACCCAUGGAGUUCAUUGCAAGUGUCGUCGGGUGCGAGGCAAUCCGGUUUCCCCCGCAUCCCGGCACUCUCGCCUAUCUCUUCGACUGGCGGUUCGGCUCUGGCAUGCUCUCGAUUGCGCACUUUUUCCCGCUCUCCAAGCACCUGCGCAGCUCAUGGAACGACGAUGCACGCGUCAGUCUGAGCCAUUUUCCCGGCAGUCUGACCCCACCGAAGCCGCGCCACUCCAUUGCCUCUAUCGACAACAUUCGUGCGGCGCUACACGCUUUGCUCGACUAUGCGAACGCAUUCGGCUCCACCAUCCUCGUCGCAGUUGUGGAGGCCGCGCUCGCGCUGGCCUUGGUUCUACUCGACGACAACGACGAUUUUCCGGACAGUGUGACGCACGUCGUGCUGCAAUGGUUCAACGACCGCUUCGCGGUUUUUGGUGCUUACCUCGCGGCAGCUGCUAACGGCAACGCGAGCGUCGUCACGGCCAUCGCGAGCUUUCCGGGCACAUUUGCAACCGAAGGGCCUGCGUACCAGAAACUCUUUCUCAAAGUCCUGAAGCAUACCCCACCGAUCGGCAACACCGAGCCGGGUAAAGGUGGCAAACCACACGGCGGUGGCAAGCAGAAGGCUACGCCAGGACGCGGCGCCGGCGGUAACCGUCCUCAGGCACCAAGCAACCCUAUCCCACCCGACGUUCUCGCAGCGCUACCAAAAGACGGCCCAUUCCCGAUCUGUUUGCGAAACUUGUCGAAGCUUCCCUGCUCCAAUACGGUCAAGGACAACGCGUGCACCGGUUUCGAUGGUCGGGUGCGCAGUCACAAAGUCCCGCUACCUCUCGCUGACGUCGUGCGCAGCUACGUGACGGCGCGAUGGGGCGGUCUGCGCGCGGAUAUGGCACUGUGAAGCGGCCAGGGCGGGCACUCGCGCGUCCCGCCUUGGCCAAACCGCGUUUUCGCUGCCGCUCGGCCCGGACGCAGCAGCAGCACUGAGGCAGUUCUGACGGGGUCUACUGCCACUCGGUCUAUGGGUGCGUCUUCGGACGCCAC